GCCACCUUCACCCAAGAUCUAUUUUGGAACUCGAACUCAUAAACAGAUAACACAAAUUGUUCGAGAAUUGAACAAGACAGAAUACAAAACUACAAAGUAAGUUUAUUAAAAUUGAUAAUUAUAUAUAUGUGCUCAUUUUCUAAACUAUUCUACAGGGAGUGGAAAGGUAAUUUUAUUCUUUUCGUAUUUUUACAAACCGUUUCUAAUUGAUAAGUUUGCAUGGCGAUAAAACAUACAAUAAAAAAAGCUUUGCAGUAAUAAAUUUACGUGGUGUUUCCACAAACAAAAGUAUUAUACGUUUCUGUUAAAUUGAGCUAAUACAUAUCAAGCAGAUGUAUGUCUCUUCUAGCAAUGUAAUGGUUGUUUAAAAUGUAAGAGCUUGCAGUUCCUCGUCAUCUGGUAAACUGGCCGGGUCGAUAUCUAAUACAUGUUGGAUAAAUUUAUACCCGAGAAUAAAAACUGUGUCUGUUGAGCCUCUGCCUACUCUUGCCAACGCUCCUACUUUUUCUUCUACGAUCUUGAUUUUGUAAUGUAAUUCCAUACCAGCAGUGGAUUGUCCGCAUUUCAUAAUCUAUUAAUACAAGAUAACAGUUCUUCCAUCCUUUCCGCGUGUACAGUUUUUCGGACAUCAUGCAUGAAAUUUCUUCACGAAAAGUGCUGACGUAUUGUAUUUUCGCACUUGUUAUUUUGUUUUCAGAACCUCGUUCGCUUUGUGAAAACAAAUUACAUGAAACGCGUGCGAAAAUACCAUGCGUCAGAACUUUCCUUCAUGAAAUCUUUGGUAAUUCGGAGUGUAUUAAAGGAAGGUGAUUACAGGAAGAAAUAUUGAGACCAAACUGAUUGAGCUAUUUAAAACUACAGUAAGGUUGAUAUAGCAGGACAAAUAUGAGGAAUGGAUCUUCUGGAGAAAAAUUUAGAACUGAUAGAGCUAUGCAAUAUAAAUAAAGUUUAGUUUAGGUUUCCUCCAGCAUGACACUGGAUCAAUCAAUGAGGACCUUUACUGAAUCUCAACUAGUGUAGUCGGGCUUUGUAAUACCUUCUUAAUCUGGUUCCACCUUGAUAAUUUCUUCAUCCCAUCAUUGUUUUGAUACUGUGCGACCAUCUUUUUUGCGGCUUCCAUAACAAAGUGUACAGCAUGUUUAUUCUUUGUCUCUAUUUCUUCCAUAAAGAUCCCCUGAAUAUGUUCAGACAUCUCUUCUGCGUUUUCCAGUUCGCUAUAUCUCAAUACUACUGAGCUUGCUUCAUGUGCUAUUUGUUGUCUGACAUUCUCAGUUAUUAAAGGUUUCAACUGGCUGACUUCAGUUCGUAUUGCUUCAAGUUGUUGGUCUAUCUUCUCGUCGUGCAGACGUGAUUCUAGAUCAUCACAGUUCUCCUCCGGUUCUUUGCUAGGCGAGCCUCCCAUCUUGAAUGUGCUUUUUGUGAAUGCCGUUUCUUUCCUUACCAGUCAGUGUUUACAGGACACUUCGCAAUAACCUGCAAAAUAAAUCUCGCCACUUUCCGCCACAAGCAAAUUGUGCAUUUGCUGUCCUUUCACAUAUAAUAACGACAACAAUCAAACAUUAGUCACAGAUACUCAAUAAUAAAUGUCUGGUGCAUGGACCAAUCAAGUCAAAAGCGAUACUUGUCCAAAACUGCUGAAAUGACACAAGUCGUAUACUUUGUGAAACUUGGUUUAUACUAUAGACAUGAAUCAAUGAAAAAUCAACUAAAAUCGAUUAACAUUUGUUUCCACCCAAUUUAAAACUUUGGAUAACUUACAUGCCUCGUUGCUAUUGUUCCAGGUUAUGCAAACAUGGAACAAAGUUAUUUAGGCUAUAGAAGGAUUAGAACUCUUAUUUAUAAUUCUGUGCUUGGUUAACUUUGUUCUAUUCUAUGAUCUGGUAAACUAUAGAAUAAUAGUAACUAGUGGGCUUGUUAUCUAAAGUUCUAACUUGUGUGAUAACGAUGUGAACAAAUGUUAGCUAAAUUUGUCUAUCAAAUUAAACAAUUGCACCAAUCAGUAAUAAUCGAUCACGCAAUUUAAGAAAAAAUGAAAAUCUACAAGAAGUUCGUUAUUAAUAAUUAAGUUGAUAGAGUGUUUCAUUACGUUAAUUUGAACUGAAGGAAAUUUAGUUUAAAAUCGAAGAGCUUUCAGAUCCGCAUCAUCUGGUAAUGCUUUUGGGUCGACAUCUAGUGCGUAUGUGAUGAAUUUAUACCCGAGAAUAACAAGUGUGUCUGUUGUACCCACGCCUACUUUUGCCAACAUUCCCUUUUUCUCUUCUGUGACUAUGACUUUGUAAUGCAACUCCAUUCCAACAGUCUUAUCUCCACAUUUCGUCACCUAAAUGACGAUAAUACAAGUCGUUAAUUUUCCCAUUAUGUUCCAGUAUAUCGUUAUUACAGGCUGUGACUUUAAUUAAACCUCGCAGUUUUUGUUAAACGAAUUCUAAGAGAUCAAUCUAAAGGCCCUGUCACACUAUUGCGUAUGAGAGAAGCGUAUGAAAAUUAAUGAAAUAAUUUUCAUACGCACAAAAUCCUUUGAAAUACCAGCGUAUGAGUAUACCGUACAUCUGGCGUACCUCUAGCGUAUUCAGCGUGUGCCUAGAGUAUGUUUAUCGUAUAAACCAUACGUCCGAAUACGCACAAAAUUUUUAAGCAUGCUUAAAAAACAUUUUCUGUCUGCGACCGUGCUUGAAACGUAUACAACCUAUGCCUAACGUACCCCUAUAGCGUAUGUCAGCAUAUACCGGCGUAUGAGUGAUAUUUUUCAUACGCUGGUAUACGCUAGUACGAUACGCAAUAGUAACGUCAAACGAAGUUUGGCCAUGUAUAAGAGUUAAAGUUAAGAGGAGAAAUAUAAGGUUUGAUAUUUCCUUUGAGUGGAUUUAAAUAAAACCAGAAUGCGUAUAAAAGAAUUGCCUCGUUUUUUUAAAGAUUUAUUAUAUAUGGAAAUGGAAAGGAAAUAACUCUUAUACCUUCUUAACUUGGUUCCAGCGUAAUAAUUUCGUCAUCGCCUCACUGCUGUGAAACACCGUGACCAUCUUUUUCGCGGCGUCCGUAAGAAACUGUACGGCGUGUUCGUCUUUGAAGAUCUCCUGAAUGUGUUUGGAGAUCUCUGUUGCGUCAUGCAGAUCGCUAUAUUUCAACACCAUUGUGUCUUCAUUCCACGUUAAUUGUUGUAGGACAUUCUCGGUUAUUAAAGGUUUCAGCUGACUCACUUCAGCUUUUGUUUUCUUCAGCUCUUUGUCAAUCAUUUCUGGAAUUAGUGAUAAUUGAGUCGAUGUUGAUGCUGUGUGAUUCGAUUGGUUUACCUCUAUAUUGCUAGACGAGUUUCCCAUCUCGCUUUUUGUGAAUGCUGUUUCUUUCCUUCCCAAUUACUGUUUACAGGAUACUUCGCAGCAACCUGUCAAAUAAAGUUUGACACAACGAUGCAAACAUAAACCUACUUUCGCGUUUUCCACCAGAAACCAAUUUAUAUUUAGUAUCCAAUCAAAAUGUCCUGGGGGAAAUUACAAAUUCAUAUAAUAACGACAACAAUCCAAUAAUAAAUGAAGGCAAGACGUAUCAAAUUUUCUUUGACUGAUCACCCAAUCAAGUCAAAAGCGAUAGUUGUCCAAUACUACUGAAAUGACACAAGUCGCAUAUUUUGUCAAACUUGGUUUGUGCGUGUUGUACGAGUCGAAAAAUUGGUUUACGAGUCGACAAUUGAAAAUUUCGUUAGAUUGGUUUACUAUAGUCCUGAAUAUAUGUCAAAUGUUAAAUAAAAAAUGAACUAAAACCGGUUAACGUUUGCUUAUACCUAAUUCAAAACCAAGAAAAAAUUAAAAUCUACAAAAAGUUACUCUUUUUUACGAGUUCGUUAUCAAUAAUAAAGUUGAUAGAGUGUUUCAUUACGUCAAUUUGAACUGAAGGAAAUUUAGUUUAAAAUCGAAGAGCUUUCAGAUUCUCAUCAUCUGGUAAUUCUUCUGGGUCGACAUCUAGCGCAUGUGCAAUGAAUUUAUACCCGAGUAUAACAACUGUGUCGGUUCUGCCCCCGCCUACUUUUGCCCACACUCCUUUUUUCUCUUCUGUGAUCAUGACUUUGUAAUGCAACUCCAUGCCAACAGUCUUAUCUCCACAUUUCAUUACCUAAAUAAUGAAAAUCAUUAGAUGUUCCAUCAUGUUCCAGAAUAUACAGGUUCUCGGACAUUCGUUUCAAGUAAUAGUGCAGUUUUCGUUAUGUUUGAACGAGAAAGGCCCUUUCAGGAAUCGAUAUAUAGAUUUGGCCUCAAAACCGUUAUCCUUGGUGAAAGAAAAAAUGGAUAAAGCGCAUAUUUCUACGAAAAAGCCGUUUAAUUUUCUAUUUUGCUAUAGUUUCAGAGUCUGAAAUAGUUAAUGAAAAAGAUAAUCUGACCAAAAUGAAAUUUGAUUCGGAAAUUUUCAAAUUUUGUCAAACAUUUUUCGAUUUCAUGUAUAGACUCCCGGCGUCUAUUGGAUAAAUGACCUCAAUAAAUAAUAAUACACUAUGAUGCUUUUAAAUUUAACAAUUGUGUUUUCUUCGCUGGGGUGAUCACACGCAGUAUUUGCUUGGAUUGCUAUUUAUCCUCCUGAGAAAGUGUCGGACCAAUUUAGCAUUUAGUUGGAAAAACUGUAAUUUGGUCGGAAGAGGUCCGAUGUCCGAUCGUUAUAUCAAGCUGCGAGUCUGUUUAAACGAAUUCUAACAUUAACAUUUUGAGACUUUAAGAUGACUUUAUAGAGAGUUAAAAUUUUUGUUAAAAGACUAAGUAUGUGAUUUGAUAUUUUCUUCGAGUGGAUUUAAAUAAAACCAGAAUAUAGUGCGCGUAAAAUAAUUUUUUUAAAGAUUGAUUAUGGAAAUGAACAACCUUUAAAUAUACCUUCUGAACUUGAUUCCAGCGUAAUAAUUUGUUCAUCUCUUCACUGUUUUGGAAAACCGUGAUCAUCUUUUUCGCGGCGUCCGUAAGAAACUGUACGGCGUGUUCGUCCUUAAAGAUCUCCUGGAUGUGUUUGGAGAUCUCUGUGGCAUCUUUCAGGUCGCUGUAUCUCAACACCAUUGAAUCUUCAUUCGACAUUAAUUGUUGUAAGACGUUCUCGGUUAUUAAAGCUUUCUGCUGGCUCACUUCAGCUCGCGUUUCUUUCAACCGUUGGUCAAUCACGUCCGUCCGUUCGAUCUGUCGUGCUAGUGGAUGCCCUUGUGCCACUUCCAGUUUGCUAAACGAGCUUCCCAUCUCGGAGGUGCACUGUAGCUGUGAGUGCUAGUCGUUCCCUAUUGAUCUUACUCUCUAAUGAUCUGACUUCAAAGGUUCACCCACGUGAUGUGAUCAACCUUGCGUCUGAACCAAUCAAAUGAUCUAUAUGAUGAUGACAAUGUUUCCUGUCAGGGAAGAACUUUGAAAACGUUUUCGAAACUUGAAAUUGAAACAGGAUCUUUUGAACCAGAAAUGGAAAGGAAACUAAAAAUGAAAUAGGAGAAUGUCACUUUGCAGAAAGCACUAUUUAUAACAGGGAACCGUUGUUGUACAGUAGAUAUUGUUGUUCAAUUUGAAAACACGUAUAGACGUCUCUUCAUUCUUGGUCAGCAGAGUUAUAGCUACCGUCGGAGGCAACUUUUCUUUUUGGGGGGAGGGGGCAGUGAGCUUAACCCAGCGGGAUGAUGCAUACUCGGCAGAGCGUUGACUGACUCUUUUCACAUGAGUCCGUAGCGAGACACCAACCCACGAUCUCAGAGGUAACAGGCGCUUGCCCUGAUGACUGCCCCACCGAAGCUUGUAUCUGUACGCCAGGGAAGAAAACUUCAGAGAAGAAAACUCUUACUAAUCCAGGCCAGAUUUCUGAAGAAAUAUUUCCAAAUUUCAAUAAAUAUGCUGUUGGGAAGUUUGCUAUGAAUUUAAGGCCUCAAGCAAAGGCAAACCUAAAUGGUGGGCUAAUCCAGCUUUGAGCAACUGGCCCCUGAUUUUAAACCAAUCGCUUUAUUUGAUUUCAACUUUAUUUAACGUGAUGCUGCAUGAACAGAAUAUUGAAGAAAUUACUCUUGCGAUAUUUAACAAAUAUAAAACAUUUUCCGUGUUGUUAUACAGUUAUAUCAACACGAGUGGAAUUGGGAAAACGAGAAAUUGUAUGUGGGCGGAGUGUUUUCAUACAAUUUCGAGUUUUCCCAACUUCCACGAGUGUUGAUAUAACUAUAUAUCAAUACGGAAAAAUGUUUUAUAUUUUUUUUAUAAUAUAGCAAUGUCAAAAGCCCGAAGGAUAAGAAAAAUUUCCGUUUUUACAAGCGGCGGAAAAUUUCCCGUGUUGACAUUGAGUUAUAUCAACACGGCUCUUAGCCAAUCAGCGUUCAGAAUUUACAAAUGCUAUAUUAUAAAAGUUCGUAUUAUAUGUUCUACUUAUAGCUUUACAUAAGUGUAUACUAGAAACUAGAAAUUAAGUAACAGAGAAUAGAAGUAAAGUACAUGAUCGUACGUAGAUUUUGUCAUUUAAAAUGAAAGAGAUCGCAGAUCUUCAUCAUUUGGUAAUUGAUUUGCAUCCACAUCUAGCGUUUGUUGGAUGAAUUUAUACCCGAGAAUAACAACUGUGUCUGUUGUGCCCCCGCCUACUUUUGCCCACAUUCCCGUUUUUUGUUCUGUGAUCACAACUUUGUAAUGUAACUCCAUGCCAACAGUCACACCUUUACACUUCGUGACCUAUAAUAUAUAAUAAUACAAGUAAAGAGCUUUUCCAUUGUCGUUUGAGUCAGUAUAUUCGAAAGGGAAGGCUCUUAUAGAGCACUAUAUAUAGUGUCUUAGAGUAUAAAAAAAGAAAAAAGUAUAUAAAGAAAGUAUAUUAAUUAUUAUAAAGAACCCUUAAAAAAGUAUAUUAAAAAAUGUAUAUAAAGAACCCCUUAGAUCAGUGAGAGGAGCAGUUCACAGAAUAGAGCUAUCCAGUAUAAAUAAAGUUAAUUUAGUUUAGGUUUCCUCCUGUAGUAACACUGGAUCAAUAAGAGAUGAUCUUUACUGGACCUCUAGGAAGAACAGUUUAGAACUGAUAGAGCUAUCCAGUAUAAAUAAAAUAAGUUUAGUAUAGCGUAAAUAAAUAAAUAAAUAAAUAAAUGUAGUUUAGUUUAGAUUUCUUUGUGUGGUAUACCCACGAUAUCAUAUGGCACCAAAUAGCCCUUACUGGACCUCAUGUAGUGUAGUAUAUAUAAAGCGUUUUUUACUAAGGUACGGACUGUAGCAGUAUAUUUCGUGGAAAACAUAGGUCUGCUGACUAUAUAGGCUGAAUUUCUUAGUAUUGGAGAAAAACAUAUUUUCUUCGAAUCGACUGAAAUUUAAAUCCAGAAAUUAGUCCGCUUUGAAUUUCUCCGUUGCUUUGGAGUACGAUGAGAAAUGGAAAGAAAAUGGUCCUUACACAUUUACUAUACAUAUAUGUAUAAACAUACCUUCUUCACUUGGUGCCAGCGCAUUAAUUCCUUCAUCGCGGAACUGUUGCGAAACACGGCGACCAUCGUACUUGCGGCUUCCUUUAGAAACUUCCCAGCUACUGACUCGCCCCCAAAGAUCUCCUGAAUACCUGCAGAUAUUUCUGUCAUAUCUUUGAGGUCGCUAUAUUUCAUAACCAAUGUGUCUUCCUUUACCGACACCUCUUGUUUGACGUUCUCAGUUAUUAAACGUUCCUGUUGCCUGACUUCAUUUCGCAUUGCGUCAAGUUGUCGGUCAAUGUUCAAUGUUGAACACUGACAACCACUUUCAUGAUUACAUUUUGCGACCACCACCAGUUUUCCAGAGCUUGAUCCCAUUGCGAACGUGCUAUCUGUGAGAGCUGCCUGUUUCGUUUUCUACCGAUCUUCGUCUGAAAUGAUUUUACGCGGAAUUUAACUUUCCUAUUACUGCAAAACUUUCCUCACGUGACCAACCACUUGAACCAAUCAAAUUCGUCUAAAAUGAUGACGUCAGAGUAUCUUUCCUGGCACAUGACAUAGACAUGGAGAAGCAAUACACCCUCAGUUGGUUAGAGCACUGCACCGGAAUCGCAGAGCCGCAGGCUCGAUUCCUUGUGUUUAUACUUCAUGACCUUGCUGCGUUUUUUUAUUAUUUGAAAUCAUUGAUAUACUUUAUGAAGAAAUGCAAUAUAUCUUUAUAAGAAAAUAUUUCAUCUUCACAGGAUUAUCAGAAAGAAAAGGUGGAUAAAGCCAUAUUUCUACGAAAAAGCCGUUUAAUUUUCUAUUUUGCUAUAGUUUUAGAGCCUGAAAUAAAGUUCAAAAAUUAUCCAAAAAAAACAACAAUCCGACCAAAAUGAAAUUUGAUCGGUAAUUUUCAAAUUUUGUCGGACAUUUUUAGUAGCCAGUCCGACAAUUAGGCAGUCCGACAAUUUAGUUCCGCUAUGCAAAUUCAAAAUUAUUAUCAUUCAUUUGUUUAGAAAUUGUUUUCACAGUCACUGAACAUGAAAAUAUUUGCAUAGCGGGACUAAAUCGUCGGGCUGGCUACGCUCCCAGCGUCUAUUGGGUAAAUUACCUCAACAGAUAAUAAAUUAUGAUGCUUUUAAAUUUAACAGUUCUGUGUUCUUUGCAGGAGUGUCAGACGCAGUAUUAAACCAAUACGGAUCCGAUACGGAUCAAUUUAGCAUUUGGUUGGAAAAACUGUAAUUUGAUCGGAACCGUAUUAUAAUGUCCGACCAUUAUUUCAGGCUGCGACUUUAAAGUAAAGCUCGCAGUCUGUUUCAACGAAUUCUAACAUUAACGUUUUGAGAUUUUUGACGUCAAAUGAAGUUUGGCUAUGUAUGCGUUUAUAGAGAGUUAAAAUUUUUGUUAAAUGUGGUUUGAUAUUUUCUUUGAGUGGAUUUAAAUAAAAGCGCGUAAAAGAAUUGUGACGAGCUUCCCAUCUCGGAGGUACUAGCUGUGAGUGCUAGUCGUUCCCUAUUGAUCUUACUCUUUGAUGAUCUGACUUCAAAGGUUCACCCACGUGAUGUGAUCAACCUUGCGUCUGAACCAAUCAAGUGAUCUAUAUGAUGAUGACAAUGUUUCCUGUCAAGGAAGAACUUUGAAAGCGUUUUCGAAAGUUAAUGAAAUUGAAACAGGAUCUUUUGAACCAGAAAUAGAAAGGAAACUAGAAAUGAAAUAGGAGAAAGUCACUUUGCAGAAAGCAUUAUUUAUAACAGGGAACCGUUGUUGUACAGUAGAUAUUGUUGUUCAAUUUGAAAACACGUGUAUAGACGUCUCUUCAUUCUUGGUCAGCAGAGUUAUAGCUACCGUCGGAGGCAACUUUUCUUUUUUGGGGAGGGGCAAGGAGCUCAACCCAGCGGGAUGAUGCAUACUCGGCAGAGCGUUGACAGACUUUUUUCACAUGAGUCCGUAGCGAGAUUCGAACCCACGAACUCAGAGGUGAAAGGGGCUUGCCCUGACGACUGUGCCACCGAAGCUUGUAUCUGCUGUAUCUUAGCCGAGCCUGAUUCCCAUAUUUCUCAAGUUAUAGUUUCCUGUUGUACAUUUAUAUAAAUAAGUUGUACUUUAAUUUAGGAUUUGUAUGUACUAUUUAAAAAACGAGCAGGAGUGUUUUAUUAGGUUUAAAGCCACGAGCGCGCAGCGCGAGUGGCUUUAGACCUAAUAAAACACGACCUGCGAGUUUUUUAAAUGGCUUCAAAAACGUUUGCAUAAUAAUUCAAAUCUUUAUAUAAAAAUCUUUAUAUAAAAAUCUUUAUAUUGUUUGCAUAACAAUGGUAUUUUGUUAAAGUGUUCUUUUAUAGCUGGUAUAAAGACGUAUGCACGUGACUAAUUUCUUACUCAAGAUUGGGUAAUUGCUUCAUGAAUUAUUGAUGAGUUUUUUAAAUUUAUAUAAAUAUGUUGUACUUUCAUUCAGGAUGUGUAUCCUCGCCAGUCGUGAUCACACAUGUAUACAUCCUCAAGUAUCAAAAGCCAAGAAUAAGACUGAAGAAUGUCGCAAAUCUGUUGAAAACAAGGAGGUGGGUGGGGGAUGUGGGGCUUCCUAUCUCGUAAAUGAAUUUGCAUGUUCCUCAAUAUGAAAGUACGGGAACAUAUUAAAUGGAAUAUCUUUGACACACAUUUCAGGGUAAGUCAUGUCGGUUUCAUGCGAGAGCUCGUUACGUGAGGAACCAGGAGGAUCUGGAAGAUUAUGGUAUUACCAAGGCUUGGGAUAUCUCAGAGCUGGUCGAAAUUGGAGAAAAAAUACAGGUACAGACAGGUAAUUCUUCACUGGUAGAGGGUUGUGUAUAAAGUGGUAAGAAAGAUCCGGGAAGAAAGUCUCUUUGUCGUGCGUUGUUUGUCACAAGCAAGAAGAGAACUUGCUGGUUGACUCUAUCAAACGCUCACGAUUUCUUCAUUUUUUUAUGUUUUGUAUAUGUAGUAAAAUUUCACCAAUAAGUGAUGACCUUUACUGGACCUUUAGGAAGAACAGUUUAGAACUGAUAGAGCUAUAUACAGUAUAAAUAAAGUUAGUUUAGUUUAGGUUUCCUCCUGUAGUAACACUUGAUCAAUAAGAGAUGAUCCUUACUGAACCUCUAGGAAGAACAGUUUAGAACUGAUAGAGCUAUCCAGUAUAAAUAAAGUUAGUUUAGUUUACGUUUCCUCCUGUAAUAACACGGAAUCAAUAAGAGAUGAUCCUUACUGCACCUUUAGGAAGAACAGUUUAGAACUGACAGAGCUAUCCAGUAUAAAUAAAGUUAGUUCAAUUUAGGUUUCCUCCUGCAGUAACACUGGAUCAAUAAGAGAUGACCUUUAAUGGACCUCUAGAGAGAACAGUUUAGAACUGAUAGAGCUAUCAAGUAUAAAUAAAGUUAGUUUGGGUUUCCUCCUGUAGUAACACUGGAUCAAUAAGUGAUGAUCCUUACUGGACCUCUAGGAAGAACAGUUUAGAACUGAUAGCUAGAGCUAUCCAGUAUAAGUUAGUUUAGGUUUCCUCCUGUUACUAUAGUAACACUGGAUCAAUAAGAAAUGCUUUACAGGUUCGUAUGCCCUAUAAAUCGCUCACCAACGUGAGUACAAUUUUGACGACAUUAAAUAUUUUUUUAGGGAUGUCCAUAUUACAUGACUCGGGAAAUCGUGAAUAAUGCGGAUAUUAUAUUUUGUCCGUACAAUUAUCUGAUUGACCCCAUUAUCAGAGAGCAGGUAAGCCUUCAUUGUUGAAAUGAAGAGUCUAGUGUAUAAUACUUGAUUGUAUAACUGAUGGGUUUCAGUCAGCGUUCCAAGGCAGCAGAUGCUGAUCAACUUUAGAAAUGUCGACACUUUAUAGAAGCAAGAAAAUUAAACUAUAUCUCUUAAUUCUAGUUAUUUUCCUCCAAAUACCAGACUACGGCAUUCCAUACAAUGAAAAGAAUUUUCCCACUCUGAUAACUGCACGUUGACCACAGCCUUGUUUAAUGAUAAUGUUUAAUGAACCCAUGCAUGGUGAAGCCCAGCUAUGAUGACUACUUUAUACUUCAUCUAGAUGGAUAUCAGCCUAGCAAAUCAGAUUGUAAUACUUGAUGAAGCACACAAUAUUGAGGACUCCAGUCGUGCUGCAGCCAGUUGGUCUGUUACACCAAACAGUCUCGAUGAAGCAAUGAAAGACCUGGAUUAUUUUGGUAGGCUAUCUUUCCCGUUUAGUUUAGGUUUCCUCCUGGAUCAAUAAGAGAUGAUCCUAACUGCACCUCUAGGAAGAACAGUUUAGAACUGAUAGAGCUAUUCAGUAUAAAUAAAGUUAGUUUAGUUUAGGUUUCCUCCUGUAGUAACACUGGAUCAAUAAGAGAUGAUCCUUACUGGACCUCUAGGGAGAACAGUUUAGAACUGAUAAAGCUGUUCAGUAUAAAUAAAGUUAGUUUAAUUUAGGUUUCCUCCUGUAGUCACACUGGAUCAAUAAGAGAUGAUGCUAACUGCACCUCUAUAGGGAGAACAGUUUAGAACUGAUAAAGCUAUUCAGUAUAAAUAAAGUUAGUUUAGUUUAGGUUUCCUCCUGUAGUAACACUGGAUCAGUAAGAGAUGAUGCUUACUGGACCUCUAGGAAGAACAGUUUAGAACUGAUAGAGCUAUCCAGUAUAAAUAAAGUUAGUUUAGUUUAGGUUUCCUCCUGUAGUAACACUGGAUCAAUAAGAGAUGAUCCUUACUGGACCUCUGGGAAGAACAGUUUAGAACUGAUAGAGCUAUCCAGUAUAAAUAAAGUUAGUUUAGUUUAGGUUUCCUCCUGUAGUAACACUGGAUCAAUAAGGGAUGAUCCUUACUGGACCUCUAGGAAGAACAGUUUAGAACUGAUAGAGCUAUCCAGUAUAAAUAAAGUUAGUUUAGUUUAGGUUUCCUCCUGUAGUAACACUGGAUCAAUAAGAGAUGAUCCUUACUGGACCUCUAGGAAGAACAAUUUAGAACUGGUAGAGCUAUCCAGUAUAAUUAAAGUUAGUUUAGGUUUCCUCCUGUAGUAACACUGGAUCAAUAAGGGAUGAUCCUAACUGCACCUCUAGAGAGAACAGUUUAAAACCAGUGGAGCUAUCCAGUAUUAUAAAGUUAGUUCAGGUUUCUCAUUCUCUAUAUUUACCUUUCUUUUUAGUUUCUAAAAACAUACAUAGAGAACAACAUCAGGUUUUACAUGAAGUGGUAAGAAAUCUAUAGUUUUUAUCAAGAGUUGUAGUCAAAUCUCUUUCUGAAAAAUUCUUUUCUGAAGUCAUGUGUGAUGGUAUCAAUGUUUCUCUUAGUGUGCCACUAUAAGGAGAUGGAUUGUGGCGAAAGCUGAAAAUCAGACAGGCUGCCGUGAUUACUCGAAAAGUUCAAAGAUUUGGGAAGGACAAGAGUUAAAGCAGGCACUCAAUGACGAUCUUUGCUUUGUUCCCGCAUUUGUCCGCCAAUUAACGGUGAGUUUGAACUGUUCUACGUACUCAAGUUGUAUCGUGAACAUACAGAGACAUUUCUAUUAUGUACUAUUUAAAACAUGAAGUGUUUUAUCAGAUAUAAAGAUACGAGCCGAAGCCGAGUAUCUUUAGGUCUGAUAAAACACGCAUCGCGAAUGUUUUAAAUUGCUUCAAAAACGAUCGAUCUACUAAGUUCAUUGGCGAAGUAAUUUUCAAAAAAUACGUUGUGUAAGUCGAGAAAAAUCAAAGUUAAAGUUUAUGUAAGUCAAGGGAAAUCUCUAUCACAUAUAAAGAUACGACGCGCUUAUGAUUUUUCCUUGUGUUUUUCUCAUGAAUUAUUAAUGCGUUUUUGAAAAUAUUUAUACAAAUGCAGAUAUUAGAUAGUUUUAUAUAUUUAAAAUACAAAACAAUAGAUACUCCGAAAAUUGAAAGCAUUUUGAAAAUUUAUUUCGACAUUUCGAUGACUAUAGUUUAGUUGAAACGUCGAAAUAAAUUUUCAAAAUGCUUUCAAUUUUCGGAGUAUCUAUUGUUAUGUAUUUAUCAAAAUACUCAGUGGUUCCCGUAAUUUAUAUAUUUAAAUAUAAAGAUAUGAAACUGAAAACGUUUCAUGCAUAUUUUCAAUAGAAUCAUUUCAAGAAGGUGUUGAGACCUCCUGAGCCCGGGUAAGUAUAGUACGUGCACUAUUAAAAUAGGAUCUAUAGCAAGCUAACUUUAUCUGUAUUAGAUAGCUCUAUAAGUUCUAAACUUUUCUCCCUGGAAUACUGGAUAGCUUUAUCUGUUCUAAACUGUUCUCUCAAGAGGUUCAGUAACGAUGAUAUCUUAUUGUUCCUGUAUUGUCUUAUUCUGCCAUUUGAAAAGGGAGUUCUGGCAUUUGAAAAGGGAGUUCUGGCAUUUGAAAAAGGAGUUCUGGCAUUUGAAAAAGGAGUUCUGGCAUUUGAAAAGGGAGUUCUGGCAUUUGAAAAGGGAGUUCUGGCAUUUGAAAAGGGAGCUCUGAUAUUUGAAAAGGGAGCUCUGAUAUUUGAAAAGGGAGCUCUGGCAUUUGAAAAGGGAGUUCUGGCAUUUGAAAAUGGAGUUCUGGCAUUUUAAAAGGGAUUUGUGGCUUUUGAAAAGGGAGUUCUGCCAUUUGAAAAGGGAGUUCUGCUAUUUGAAAAGGGAGUUCUACUAUUUGAAAAGGGAGUUCUGCCAUUUGAAAGGUCAUCUCUUAUUGAUCCAGUGUCACUACAGGAGGAAACCUGAGCUAAACUAUCUUUACUUACACUCAAUAACUUUGUCAUUUCUAAGCAUGCACGUACCAUGCUCUUUAUUUUUGUUUUUCCAAAUAGUGCUAAGGAUAAACGGGAACGUACGAACAUGAAUGCCGCGACAGCAGCCCUGUUUGAAGGCUUAUUGAUGGUGUUGUAUUUUAUAAUGAAAGAUGAUUAUAAACACUUGUGUGACUACAGGUAUGAACCUUUUCUUGAUGGUCAAACAAAUGAGCUAACCUAUCUUGAUAGAACUAUUUUUUAUCUGUCUUAUUUAAGAGUCGCUAUUACUAAAGAGUAUGCGCUGGUACCAGCGGUUAUGGUAAGAAUUUCAAAAUACUGUAUAGCAUACUGUACCAUACCAUACCAUACCUUAAUAUACCAUACCACACCAUACAAUGUCUUGGGAUACUAUACCGCACCAUACCAUACCAUACCAUACCAUACACCAUACCAUACACCAUACCAUACACCAUACCAUACAGCACCUUACCACUAUACAUCAUCAUACCAUUACCAUAUCACACACCAAAUCAUACACCAUACCAUAAAAUGCCAUACUAUAACAUACCAUACCAUACACCAUACCAGACAGUAUCUUACUACUGUACAUCAUCAUACCAUACCACACACCAAAUCAUACACCAUACCAUAAAAUGCCAUGCUAUACCAUACCAUACCAUACACCAUACCAGACAGUAUCUUACUACUGUACAUCAUCAUACCAUAUCAUACCAUACCACACACCAAAUCAUACACCAUACCAUAAAAUGCCAUGCUAUACCAUACCAUACCAUACACCAUACCAGACAGUAUCUUACUACUGUACGUCAUACCAUACCAUACCAUACCACACACCAAAUCAUACACCAUACCAUACAGUGCCAUGCUAUAACAUAACAUACCAUACCAUACCAUACACCAUACCAGACAGUAUCUUACUACUGUACGUCAUACCAUACCAUACCACACACCAAAUCAUACACCAUACCAUAAAAUGCCAUGCUAUAACAUACCAUACCAUACACCAUACCAGACAAUAUCUUGCUACUGUACAUCAUCAUACCAUACCACACACCAAAUCAUACACCAUACCAUACAGUGCCAUGCUAUAACAUACCAUACCAUACCAUACACCAUACCAGACAGUAUCUUACUACUGUACAUCAUCAUACCAUACCAUACCACACACCAAAUCAUACACCAUACCAUAAAAUGCCAUGCUAUACCAUACCAUACCAUACACCAUACCAGACAGUAUCUUACUACUGUACGUCAUACCAUACCAUACCAUACCACACACCAAAUCAUACACCAUACCAUACAGUGCCAUGCUAUAACAUAACAUACCAUACCAUACCAUACACCAUACCAGACAGUAUCUUACUACUGUACGUCAUACCAUACCAUACCACACACCAAAUCAUACACCAUACCAUAAAAUGCCAUGCUAUAACAUACCAUACCAUACACCAUACCAGACAAUAUCUUGCUACUGUACAUCAUCAUACCAUACCACACACCAAAUCAUACACCAUACCAUACAGUGCCAUGCUAUAACAUACCAUACCAUACCAUACACCAUACCAGACAGUAUCUUACUACUGUACAUCAUCAUACCAUACCAUACCACACACCAAAUCAUACACCAUACCAUAAAAUGCCAUGCUAUACCAUACCACACACCAUACCAUACCAGACAGUAUCUUACUACUGUACAUCAUACCAUACCAUACCACACACCAAAUCAUACACCAUACCAUGCCAUGCCAUAUCAUACACAACAACGAAGUGACAAUUAAUUUAUGUUUUUUCUUUCAUUUUAGCCCAACGGCUUCAGAAGAAAAGGGGGUAAGAAGGUGUACUCUUAUAAAAUAAUUUAGGGCGGAAUAAAAGUUGGAAACGUCGUACAUGCGAAAUUAUAAUCCGACAAUCUCAUAUUGCAGGAAUCGAGAUGUAAGACACCGCGAUGAAGGACGCAGGCACCGACUACUAUACCACACCAUUGUCCCCUUUCAUUAUUUGAUCUGUUUCAUUUUUUAGAGUUUGAAAAGAAAUUGGUCUAUACUUUGAACUUCUGGUGUCUUAGCCCAGCUGUAGUAAGUUCUGCGUUUAUACAAAUAGUCAAUAGAAAGACACGUUUAUCUAGAUACAUAUGAAGAUAAAAUUGUUUAUUUUUGUAUAAUUUUUGUAAUUGUAUAAUUUUUGUUUUAUUAGUUUUAAGUUUGAAGCAUUUUUUUUCUUUUCAAAUGCAGGUAUUUUCGGAGAUCAGUCAAGAGUCAAGGAGUGUUAUAUUAACUUCAGGCACACUUUCACCAAUGUCGACAUUCUCAUCAGAACUUGGAUGUAAAUUUCCCAUACAGCUGGAGGCAAACCAUGUUGUAGGUAGUUCGCAGGUAUGGUAUGGUGAAGUAUGGUAUGGUGAAGUAUGGUAUGGUGAAAUAUGGUAUGGUAUGGUGUGGCGUGAUUUGGUAUGGUUGGUGUGGUAUGGUGUGUGGUAUGGUGUGGUGUGGUGUGGUAUGGUAUGGUAUGGUAUGGUAUGGUAUGGUAUGGUAUGGUGCGGGAAGGUUUGUGGUAUGGUAUUGGUAUCGUAUGGUUUAGUAAGGUAUAUGGUAUGGUAUCGUGUAGUGUAGUGUAGUGUAGUGUAGUGUAGUGUAGUGUAGUGUAGUGUAGUGUAGUGUAGUGUAGUGUAGUGUAGUGUAGUGUAGUGUAGUGUAGUGUAGUGUAGUGUAGUGUAGUGUAGUGUAGUGUAGUGCAGUUUGCUAUUUAACAAAUAUAAAACAUUUCCGGUGUUGAUAUACACUUAUAUCAACACGAGUGGAAAUUGGGAAAACGAGAAAUUGUGAUUCAGUGUAUCAUUGUUUUCUUGCAUGUAGGUUUGGGUGAGCAGUUUAGCAGUUGGUCCAAGUGGUUCCACCCUCAAUGCAACGUAUCGUUUUGCUGAGGUUCGUAUUGUGAAUAUUACUAAUAUAAGAUCACCUCAGAUUACGCGAUGAAAUUGAUCUUCCUUUAUUUUUAGACGUUUGAAUUCCAAGAUGAAAUUGGUGAAGCCAUUCACAGAGUUUGCGAGGUCUAGUGCAUUAUACAGUCAUAAACAGUGGUGUUGAUCAUAUUUACUCAAGUAUAUACUUACUAAUCUUUCAGGUAGUUCCUCAUGGCGUUCUCUGUUUUCUGCCUUCUUACAGUAUGUUGGAUAAACUCAUGAACAGAUGGAAGGUAUUAACUGUCACUAAAUCUUGGGGCCAGUUGUUCAAAGCUGGGUUAGCUUAACCCUAGGUUAACCUAAAAUUCAAAACAAACUUCCUGACAGCUUCUUUAUAAGUUUGGAAAUAUUUCUUCAGCAAUAUUGUCUGGAUCAAUAGGAGUAUUCUUCUCUGAAGUUUUGAAAUAAACAGACGUGUAGAAAUACAUAAACUAAAACAGCAGGUUAAAUUUUAACCAAGCGUGAGCCCCAAUCCAGGUUUGAACAACCACAGCUGCUGAGGCACAUACACUGACCGUUGUGUCGCCAUAUCGAUUGUGUGUUCUCUAUUUUCAGAUGACGGGUCUUUGGGGCAGAUUGUGUCGAGUAAAGAAUACAUUCUCCGAACCAAGACGCGGUGACAAAACUGGUGAGAAUUUAGACGAACAUUAAGAAAAACAUGUUUCACCAAAUUCUUCAUGCUUUCACGUUCACUUUCAGAUUUUAAUGACUUGAUGACUGAUUUCUACGAUUGCAUCAAGCUGUCCGAAGAUUCAGGUAUCUUAUACAUUCCAAGGGCGGAUUUUCAUAAUUUUUAAAGGAAGGGUGGAAAUAUUUCUAGUGGGGUGCAAGCGGCACCACCGAGUGAGCUUCGGGAGGGGUUAGGCGUUAGGUGUUAAAGACUCACACAAAAUAGGAGGGGUCAAGCGAAAUUUUGGUGGGGUUGAACACUUUAUAAGAGGGGUUAGAGAUAUUCUAGAGGGGUUUAACCCCUCCUAAGCCCCACCCCCAGUAAAUCCGCCCAUGAUACAUUCUCUUGAAAUUCCCACUGCCUGGGUAGUGAGAAACCUAGCGAUCGGAAACCUCUGCUCGCAGGGUCGCGUGAGAGGUAUUGGUGGAACUAAAAUUUUAAUUUACAACUGCGUGAUUAUAAUCAAUCGCCAUUAAACUGUCUUUGUACUAGAUGGUGAAUAUGGGACAUCAGGUGCGCUGUUCUUUGCUGUAUGUCGUGGAAAAGUCAGCGAAGGUCUGGAUUUUGCAGACAAUAAUGCCAGAGCUGUUAUAACGGUGAGAAAUUCAUCUUUUUAAUAGACAAUUCCAGCUAUCGGCUAAUUUUUUAUCUAGACAAGAAGGACGAAAUAUAUCAUCAUAGCUCGAAAAAGCAUUCUUAAAUUAGUAAAAUUGCAAAGUUUGGUUGCGAAAUGUUGUAAAAUACGGAAAAUAUAGCCCUGUGAAAUCAGCAAAUUUUGAGUAUUUUAGUAUUACGCGCGGUAAAAAUAACCAUUUUUGAGCCGUCAUUCUUAGAAGAAAUGUAAUGUAUAGUAAAAAACCUCAUCUUGAUCAACUUUUUCACUGUCAAACUUUCUGGAUAUGAUGUCAUUAGGUGAAUUUUUGGUACAAAAAACAAAGGAAAACUAAUUUUCAAUUCACCUAAUGACAUCAUAUGCGGAAUCUUUAACAGCGAAAAGUUGAUCAAGAUGGAAUUUUUUAUUAUAAAGAUAUAUUACAUUUCUUCUUCGAAUGACUCAAAUAUUACACAUACCAAAAAUCAUAUCAGUCGUACUUUCAAGAUAACUUGACCAGAGUGCACCACAAUAAUUACAAAAAUGAAUUUUCAUUGUGUAGGUUGGGAUACCAUUCUCAAACGUCAAAGAUAUACAGGUGGAAUUGAAGCGGAAAUACAACAACCAGUAUUGUUCUGCGAAAGGACUUUUAAAUGGUAAUGAAUGGUACGAAAUACAAGCUUACAGAGCUCUUAAUCAGGUACUUAUUGCUUCAGAUUUAUUCAUCAAUUUGAGUGGGUUUUUAUCACGGACAAUAUUCACAAUAUUUAAAUUUACUUCUUAAUUUGUUUUUAGGCCUUAGGUCGUUGUAUUCGUCACAGGUAGGGAUUUGUCUUUUUUGAUGUCUUGUGUAAGUAGCAAUCAUCCGUUUGUACUACUGAUGAAGUUUUUGACUGUUUUUCACUUGUACAGGAAUGAUUGGGGUGCAAUUCUACUGAUUGACGAGAGAUUUGGCAAGUCUCCUAAAUAUAGAAAUGGUAAGAACGUCUUUGCAACUGGAUAUGUCGAACAUCGCCUAAGAUAAACUGAGCUAACUUCAGUUAUACUGGAUGGCUCUAUCAGUUCUAAACUGUUCUCUCUAGAGGUCCAGCAAGAGUCAUCUCUUAUUGAUUCAGUGUUACUACAGUAGGAAACCUAAACUAAACUAACUUUAUUUAUACUGGAUAGCUCUAUCAGUUCUAAACUGUUCUUCCUAGAGGUCCAGAAGGGAUCAUCUCUUAUUGAUCCAGUGUUACUACAGGAGGAAACCUAAACUAAACUAACUUUAUUUAUACUGGAUAGCUCUAUCAGUUCUAAACUGUUCUCCCUAGAGGUCCAAUAAAGGUCAUCUCUUGAACCUCCGGUCAGAGAGGUGAAAGGCACUAAGUAAUUCAUUUUCACACUAGGUUUAUCAAAGUGGAUCCGUGGUAAAGUGGUGCAUCACAACAAUUUUCCAAAUCUCAUUUCAUCCCUGAAGAAAUUCGCUGAGGCUCGACUGGAGAACCCCUGUCCCAACAAGACCAUGCUUCAGACACCCACUGCUACACCAAGACGAUCUACUGAUUCAAACGAAACGAAAUCCAAUCAAGAGUCACCGAUAUCAGUGAACAGUCGCUCGCAGUGCACCCAAACACCACCACAGAAGAUGGAUAUCAGGGGUGUUAAACAAGAACCAGGGUUGAUAACCACACCUACCUCAAAUUGUCACCAAACUACAUCUCAACUAGUAUUACCUGUUUCAGGAAGCAGUGUUUCCAGCCUACAGCAGUUUCAAUAUACCCCACAGAAACCAACCAAUCAGACCAUGUCAAACACUCACAGGGUUAGUCGUCAUAAUCAUCCCCAAGUUUUCGAGACGGCCAAUCAGAUUUCAGAACAAACUCACGUGACUGUAGCUUCAACUCCAACUACUCCGCGGCUAUUUAUAUCAGCCAAUCAGGUGUCGUCUAGCACUCCGGUAGUCGGUCGUGGUGUAGUACCAAAGAUGCUACCUUUGACUCCACUUAACUGCCCUCAACUUGCAGGCACGGCAGAUAGCCUGCAACGAAUGCCGAACCCGCAACAAAUGGUGAACGUACAACAUAUUGUGAUACCACAGACAUCUGGGAACAAUGGGGUUAUCUUCAACAUCUUUGGUGGAGGUCAGCCGACUACACCUGGGGCUGGAUCGGUACAGUUGGGUGGUGUUGGUCAAGGGAUAAGAUUGAACAUCACAGGUCAGCCUGGCGCACAGAAUAUACGGUUCAACAUGACAACACAGCCAAGACCUGAGAGUACUUCUGGGGGAAAAGUGGGACUUCAGGGACCAAUGAGUACUCCUGGUGUAAAUGCUGGGGUGCAAGGAGGGGGACUACUUAGUACUCCAGGGAUUGUGCGAGUUAAACAAGAACCACAAAGCCCCCCUGAGAUACCACGUGAAAAUAAGGGACAGACUAGUGGGGUGAAUCAGGGUUCAAAUGGAGCACAAGGGUGUUUACAAGCUAAAGGGAAUAGGAUUCUAAGAAAACCGUUAUUUUCAUCAAAUGAAUCAUUAGUUCCUGGAAAUAAGGAAAUGAACAAAGAAAUGAGCAAAGAUGUAAAUGGUGGUCAGAAUGAAAAUGCAGGAUAUAGUGAUGUUUCCACGUUACUGAAGCGCCGAAACAACGCUCCAAAACCGUUAGAGAUCAGUGGAUAUGGGUUAACUGAGCCAAAGGAUGGGGUUUUGACUGAAUGCGGCGACCCUGACUCCCCCUUGCUCUUUUGUACCCCACCCACCCCGUUUGAAAGUAGCGAUGAUGAUGAUACCAAGGGUGGUAAAGGAGUAGAUAGGGUGGAAAUGGGGCAUAUGGGUAUAAGAAGUGAUAGGAAAGUUCUAGAAGAUGAGGGUCACGCGGGAGUAAAUAGGGUGAAUUUGGAACUUUUUGGUGCACCAGUUGAUAAUAUGAAUACAACAAGUGUUAGAAAGAUUCCACAAAAAGAUGGUGGUGAAGGGGUACUUGUGGUGAAAUCUGAACCCAUGGAUACAACAAUGGAUAGAAAGGUUCAUGAGGGUAUGGAGAUGGUAGGGGUAACCAAGAAUAAUGAUGGACCAGAAGGAAUGGACGGAAGUGAUGGAAAUAAGGAUAUACUGGAUAUCUUAGAUGAUGCAGUGAGGACUAUCAUUUCAAAUGUAAGAUAUUCCGCACAUAUCUCGUCCCUCUGUGGGAUAAAUUGAACAUUGUUUUAUCUCACCCAGGUGAUCUCGAGUUCGUAUUUUAGCCAAUCAGCGCUCAGAAAGGGUUGUCCGAAUAGAAAUCCAUUUUGAUGUAUUCAGUCAAUUAUAUCUUUCGUUAUUCUUUAUGAAACUAGUUGAAAUUUUGUAAUUAUGUUUGGUUAUAGAACUAUAGCUCUGACAAAAAUAUGGAAUCGAAAUAAAGUAUAUUACAGGAGAUAUUCCGUUGUUUUAAUCAUAAAAUGGAUUUCUAUUUGACAACUAGUGCCAGUACUUUUCCGCGUAUCAAGAUCAUCUGGACUGUUGAUGUGUUUCAGAAAGCGUCACAGCCGAUGGUGCUGCAGAAAAGCUGACACUUGAAUAAACUUCGUGUGUUUAAAAGCCUUCAAAUACAAAACUACUACCUAUACUGAAAAGAUUCACAUCACCCCCUCACUCUGAGAACCGUCGGUUGACCACCAGCUGCUGCACGAUAGCACGCAGUGAAACACAUUUAUUAUUAUACACAGCAUUUUGUUUUCUUCAACAAAUUCUUGUGAUCCAGCUUUUCCCCAGCGACUUAUCACGUGCUAUACUGCUAUAAUAGAGUUUAGUAUAACUACAUAGGUGAUUAUUGAAAAUUCUCCACGCUGAUUGGUUGCCGUUGAGGUGAUUAUAACGCGAUAAUCACCUCAGGCUCGGUGAUUAUCUUCGACUUCGUCUCGUUUUUAUUCACCGAUAAUCACCUCGCCUUUGGCGAAUAAUUGUUAAAUAUUCAGCAUUGUUUUUUUUUCUGUUUAGAAUGUCACUUGGAAUGUGAAAUGCAAGGCUUGCGAUUCAGCUUUUUAUUCCACUGUGAACAGUACUUCGGGUAAGACAACCUGUUAUCUGUAUGUGUCUUUUACCGUUCCAGUUGACCUACAAAAGGCAGAAUGCAUUCUUUUGGUAUUCCCGUCCCCUCCUGUAGUAACACUGGACCCAUAAAGGAUGGCCUUUACUGUACCUCUAGCCUCUACGAAGAACAUUUUAAAAUUGAUAGGUUUCCUCCUGUAUUAACACUGGAUCAUUGAAGAAUGGCCUUUACUGUACUGUACCUCUAGGAAGAACAGUUUAAAAUUGAUAGGUUUCCUCCUGUAUUAACACUGGAUCAUUCAAGGAUGGCCUUUACUGUACCUCUAGGAAGAACAGUUUAAAAUUGAUAGGUUUCCUCCUGUAGUAACACUGGGUCAUUGAAGGAUGGCCUUUACUUUACCUCUAGGAAGAACAGUUUAAAAUUGAUAGGUUUCCUCCUGUAGUAACACUGGAUCAUUGAAGGAUGGCCUUUACGUAUAGAACAGUUUAGAACCGAUAGAGCUUUACAGUAUAAAUAAAGUUAGUUUAAGUUUAUGCUGUAACAAACAUUUCCGUAUUUCUCCAGAUGACGUCAAACCUAGAGAAGAAGAAGUCUUCACUGACACCAUGCUUGGAAACAUUCUGAACAGUUUGUUUUCCUUGAACACAAACAGAAGGAAGAAGACUCCGCCAUCUUUGACAACACUUCAUGUUCCUGAUGUGAAUGUUCUUCAAGGAUGUUGUCCCGCCUUUGCUUACCACGAAGGAAAACAAAACAAACAAGGUCAGUUUUCAUAUCGUUCCACAGGAAUAUUGGUAAAUAAACUGGAACGCUAACUGCUAUGAUGAAGGCUUAUGAUUUGCUGAAGCCAAAAUAGUUUUUUCUGAGUUAUGAGCAGAAAUACUUGAUCCCAAACGUUGGGCUAUAUAUCAAACUGAAGCUAUUGAAAAUUGCUAUUCGGUGUGGAAAUUUCAAGACUUCAGCGAAAAGAAAAAUAUUUUUAAAUAUUUCUAAUUUUUUCAAUUUUUGUAUUUUUUAAAUAUUUCCCUUUUAGCUAAAGUCAUGGCAUUUCUACACCAAAUAGCGUUUUUCAAUUGCUUCAGUUUCAUAUACAGCACAACGUUCAGUGCUGAGCAUUUCUGCUCACAACUCAGAAAAACUAAAAUGCAACGGCUUCAAUCCCCGCCCUCUGAGUUAGCCUUCCAGUUUACUUAUAGUUCAAUGGUGCUGGCCACCACCUCGGACCGGUUAAACUUAUAUAUUUUAUUUUUGUAUUUGUACUUGCCUUUCCGAUCGAAAAAUGGAUUUGAUAAGGAAAUUGGCACCACCACUCCCCACCCCCCCCCCGCACCUAUUUUGUCUAGUAUAUAGGAGAGUGCACACUCCUGUAUUCCCCCCACCCACCAGGAAAACCCAGGUAUGAUUAUAAGCAUCACUUUCAUUCUAGAUAUGAAACUAAACAGCAUAUAUUGUGAAGAAGAAUCUCGAUGCUACAUCUCGCUAGUAUGUAAGCAGUGUAAGGAAUCGCGUACUGCUCGUGGACGGAGUAUUAUAGCUGUGCGUGCGGUGCCUUGUGGGAGUGGAGAAAACAAAACCAAGUCGAUGGUAAGUCUAUUCUCUAUAAGAGAAACUAUGAUGGUUAAUGUUUUAAUGUUUUUAAACCAUACAGUUUUCAACUUAUUCCUCCAUGAUAGUUCCAGUAAGAGCCUCCCCUCUAGUGAUCCAGUGUUGCUACGCUGAGGAGGAAACCUAAAUUAAAGUAACUUUAUUUAUACUGGAUAGCUGUAUCAGUUCUAAACUGUUCUUCCUAGAGGUCCAGUAAGGAUUAUCUCUUAUUGAUCUAGUGUUACUACAGGAGGAAACCUCAACUAAACUAACUUUAUUUAUACUGGAUAGCUGUAUCAGUUCUAAACUGUUCUCCCUAGAGGUCCAGUAAGGAUCAUCUCUUAUUGAUCUAGUGUUACUACAGGAGGAAACCUCAACUAAACUAACUUUAUUUAUACUGGAUAGCUCUAUCAGUUCUAAACUGUUCUUCCUAGAGGUCUAGCAAGCAUCAUCUCUUAUUGAUCCAGUGUUACUACAGGAGGAAACCUAAACUAAACUAACUUUAUUUAUACUGGAUAGCUCUAUCAAUUCUAAACUGUUCUUCCUAGAGGUCCAGUAAGGAUCAUCUCUUAUUGAUCCAGUGUUACUACAGGAGGAAAACUAAACUAACUUUAUAUUUAUACUGGAUAAUUCUAUCAACUUCUUUUAUAGAUCUGGUUUAAUCGCGACAAAGUUGAAAUGUUUUCACCGGGAUGAGAAAAUGCAGAUUGGAGAAAUGGUAUUAUCAAAAUUGAGUUUAAAGUAGAGAGCCAGACAGGUAACAAAAUAAAAUGUAUCCAUGUACGGGAAGAGAAACACACAGGUAUUUAUGAUUUGAAGCUUAGAUUUGAAGUAUAGACUUAAACCUGAACAUUUAAGGGUACAACGUUUUUGCAACUGCACAUGUUCAUAUUAUACUUUUGGGAGCAUUCGCUGACACAAUGUAAAUAUAUUAAGAGAGCUAUUGACUAAUAUGCCACGUUUAAUUUAAACUUAAAUCGUAAAGGUUGCACGUUUUUGCUAGCGCGCAUAUGCUAUUAUACUUUAGGGAAAUAAACUUGCAAAUUAUAUUAAUUAUACAAGAUGACGAUAAGCAUAUAAAUAAGUUUAUAUUUUAUUAAAUUUGAUAUAAUAUGUAUUAUAAUCUCUUUAAGAGCGAACUAUUAUACAGUUGAUUGCAAAAUAUUUAAAAUGAUAUAAAUGGUUUAUAUAUAUGUCAAAUGAAGAUUUUUUCACGGCUGAAAAUUAUUUCGAGUAUUUGCUUCAAGAACGAUUUUCCUGCCCCUUCAAAAGUCGUUGAAUUUUAUCUUCUUUUUGAAGUAAGUACAGCUUAUAGAACUAUUUCCUGUCGGAGAAUCAAAUGCCGCA